UAUAAUCCUGUCAGUGUCAGUCAGUACAGUCUGUUUAACUAGGUGUGUUUUCCUUUUUUUCAUUAAAAUGUUGUGUUAGGUACCUAGUAUUUUCUAUGGUUUAUAUUUUAUUGAGGUGAGGGAGGAAAUUGUAUUUCAACUGGUUCUUCUUGUCAGUUAAUAAAAAUGGAGGUGGAUUCUAAUGAAGUUGAGCAAUUAAAGUCUAGACCAUACCAAACGGAGCUGGAAGAGAUAGCUAUCAAGCAAAACACAAUUAUUCAUUUACCCACUGGAUCAGGCAAGACUCUAAUAGCUAUACAGCUUAUCAAAAGGUGCAGAGGUGCUUUACAAGACCCUUGGGGCCAAGGGGGAAAACGGACUUUUUUUUUAGUCAAUAAUGUUCCUUUGGUUGAUCAACAGAGAAAGGCAAUUCAAAAAAUAUGUCCGGUAGAAGGUGUGGGCGCCUACAGCAGCGAAGACAGAGUUGAUUAUUGGGAUAAAAAUAAAUGGGACGAAGAACUAUCAAAAAAUCAGGUGAUAGUAAUGACAUGUCAAAUCUUAAGCGACAUGAUCACACACGGCUACAUAAGAAUACAAGAUAUAAAUCUACUGAUUUUCGACGAGUGCCAUCACGCAGUGGAAGACCACCCUAUGAGAGUAGUGAUGAAACAUUUUGAGUCCUGUCCUCCCUAUCGACAGCCACGGGUACUUGGGUUGACAGCUACUUUAUUAAACGCAAAUGUAAAUCUGCCCAACGUCCCUAACUCGCUUCGUGAUUUAGAGACUACGUUCCAUGCCACCAUUGCGACGGUCAACGAACUAGGAGAAGUUCUUACUUACUCAACAAAUCCAAAAGAAAUGGUUCAAUACUACCGAGCCCCUAUACCCACCGCAGCCACUAUGGAAGCUAAAGCAGUAUUGUUAGACCUGAAAAUGCAAGUAAUUUCAGUCAAGUUACCGGUUGUUACUGACGCGCCUUUGGUAAAGUUGGAAGUUGGCCAGAUCGACAUCUCCAGGGACCCGAAAAAGAUUGUAAAAGCAGUUAAAAAUAUGAUCACAUGUAUGAUAUCAUUGAUAGAAGAUCUAGGAGUUUACGGAGGAUCGUUGGGCAUCGUAACUCACAUUAUAUUGUUAGAGAGAUUGAAAAGGAAGUCUUUGUGUAAGGAAGAAGAGAUGUUAUUCAAAUUUGUCAUCACGCACUGUGUCAUGGCUAGAGCAAUCCUUUUAAAAUCAAUGGAGAAGGACACUGGAUACGAGAAGAUUGUUAAUCAUUCUUCAGAGAAAGUCUUACAGCUACUUAAUAUUAUAAAAGAGUAUAACCCUGCCACCGUCAAUACACCCGGAGUGACUUUAAGAAUAAACAGUGUAAAGAAGCCGUUAUCUGGAAUAAUAUUCACUCAACAAAGGUUCAUGGCAAAACUUUUAUAUAACCUCCUGAAAAAUGUCUCGGAGGUUAACCCUAAGGAAUUUGGCUUUCUUAAACACGAUUUUAUUGUAGGGUUCAAUGUAAACCCUUUUAAGAAUACAAGGGAACAACACUAUCAGAAGAAGACAAGUCAGAAAGCAUUACUUAAAUUCAAACACAAGGACCUUAACUGCCUUAUUUCAACAAGCGUGAUAGAGGAAGGGGUAGACAUUCCGCAGUGUAUGUUGGUAGUGAGGUUUGACCCACCACUCGAAUACAGAUCAUACAUUCAGAGCAAAGGUCGCGCCAGAAGUGCUGAAUCGACAUACGUGAUAUUAGUUGACGAAACUAAUAGGUCUAAAUUUGAAAAUCUCUACAUGGCUUUUCAAAAAACUGAACGGUUAAUCCAAAAUAUAUUAGUAGGCAAAAGUGAAAGUAGAGUAGCACCUACAGAGCAAGAACUACAAUCUAAUUUGUAUGAAGACGACGAUAUUCCCCCAUAUGUUACCAUGCAUGGCAACACUCUUUCGGCCACGUCAGCUAUAUCACUUCUAAACAGAUACUGUUCGAUGCUGCCACACGACCAGUUCACUGUAAUCACACCAAUGUGGAUCCAGGAGAACGUGGAGGGGAAACUGGGCGAAAAGUUGACAGUAGUCACAAUUAUCAUGCCACUCGCCUGUCCUGUCAGGGAGUCUAUAAAGGGCGACCCACAACCAAAUUUGAAAAGUGCUAAACGAUCAGCAGCGUUAAAGGCUUGCAUUCGACUGCACCAAGAAGGGGAAUUAGAUGAAAUAAGUUUAUUACCGAAACAGUAUGGAAUGGUGAAUUUCGACCAAUCAGAAAUAAAGAGCUGUUUCCCUAAUUGGCCCUGGGAUACUGAAGAAGAGGUCCUGGAAGAUGUUCCGAAGGCGGGCACUAAGAAGCGAAUGCGGAAGCAUCCAAAAGUUUUCCCAACAUGUCUCAAAGGACCAUCGAAUUGGACAUCAGGGCUACAGAAUUUCCAUCUUCACAUUAUCCAAAUGAAAACUGCUUUCCCAGAGCCCAAGGAUUCCCGCGAGAGGGCGUUGUAUGGAUUGUUACAGAGCAACAGAGGGUUUGGUUUUCUUACCACAGAGAAACUGCCUAAGCUGUGCAGUUUCCCCAUGUUCCUCACUGUGGGAGAAGUCACUACUAACAUUGAAGUGAAUUAUGCAGUUGUGCCGCUUUCAGUGCCUCUAUUCCAAUUAAUAAAACGCUUCCAUUUCCUCGUGUUCGACCAAGUACUAGGCAUAGCUAAAAAGUUCCUAGUAUUCGACGGCACAGAAAAUUGUAUGUACUUCGUGCCUACAAAGUUUAAUGGAGACUACGACAUCGAUUGGGACAUAAUGAAAACUCACACGCACAUACCACCUAUCACAGUUCCGACAAUUCAGGAAAGAGUAGAAGCCACAAAAUCAGUGUCACUGGAAACCCAUAAGAAUUGCGUUGUAACUCCGUGGUAUAGGUCGUCUAUUUGGCCUGACAGAUACAUAGUGUCAAAUGUAUUGGAGUACAUGACGCCGAUGUCGUUAUUUGAAGCUCAGCCUUACGGCACGUAUGCGAACUAUUACAGCAGUCGGUACAAUUUGGAAAUCAUGGGCCGGAAAGACCAACCAAUGUUAGAGGUUCGAAACAUAAGUUCGCGUAUGAACUGCCUGCUACCCAGAGCGGCAACUAUCAAUGCCUUCACAGAAAAACAACAGAAGAUAAUUUCUGCUGUCCAAGGCGAUGACAAACCGAACAGCUUCGCCGAAGCCUUCAUACCAGAGUUUUGUAUCAAGUAUGACUUCCCUGGAGACUUGUGGUACAAGGCAAUGAUGCUUCCGAGCAUUGUUCACAGAGUGCACAUGUUAUUAGUUGCCGAUGAACUCAGGGCUAGUAUUGCUAGAGACACCAAAUUGGGUCAAGAGACACUUCUAGGAUUUGAAGAGUGGAAGCCGAUCGAAGUCCACUUACAAGUGGCGAUCACAGCUUUACGAGCGCAGGCGGACGACACGCCAGCGCCAAUCAAUACCAUAGAUAGGAUAAACAAUCCCAUUGAUGAUACACAAAAGCCCCCGCUGAACAUUUUGACCAUGAAAGACACACUAUAUAAGCUUCUUAUGAAGAAUAUCAACAAGGAAUAUUCCUGGGAUGAAAAAAUGGAGCCUUUAGACAUUGAACGCAAUAUAAACACCGUAACAGUAAUGGAUAUCGAAUGUUACGACGAGUUUGUGUCAGCGCCGGCCUUCCAAACCAAGACGGGCAAUAUGAAAUCACCGCUGCGCAUGCCCACUUCUACUAAGUCCGCCAUAUUGCCCCCACCGCUGAAAUACAACGACAGGAUCGGUAUUCUAGAUCAGAAAAUCACGCCUCGCGGACCAGAGUUACGCGACGUGUUAGCCGCUUUAACUGCAAUUAAAUCGCAUGACACGUUCAAUUUAGAACGUGUCGAGACCCUGGGGGAUUCUUUCCUGAAGUUCGCGGCUAGCUUGUACCUUUAUCACAAGUUCCCGUUACUACAAGAGGGACAGCUGACAAAUAUCAAGGGCAGACUCAUAGGCAAUAGGAACCUGUACUACGCCGGCGAACGAGUGAAUUUGAGUGGUCGAAUGAAAAUCGAACAGUUCAGCCCGAAGAAGGACUUUCUGGUGCCAGGGUUCUUUGCGCCACUGAAGAUACGGCAGUUCAUAGAACAGGAACAGAUCCGGCCGUCUUUCCUCAUUGGCAUGCAGUUUUCUCCGGAAGAGGUCCUCUCGGGUGAACUUUCGGAUGAAAGUUUGGCGUCGGUUGACAUCAGGCAUCAGAAUUACGACGGCGUGGCAGAAAGAGAGCCUGCGGGUUUCGUAACCAAUUCCAUGCAGUGCUACGUGCAGGCCCAGGCCGUUUCAGACAAGUCAGUGGCGGAUUGCGUGGAAGCCCUUAUCGGCACAUAUCUACUAAGCGACGGAAUAUUGGGGGCAGUAAAAAUUUUGGAAUGGUUCAAAGUUCUGCCUCAACAGGACAAUUUCGUUGAACUAUUACAUAAGGCAGUCCCUACGGCGCAAACUGAGGGCAGGGCGAAGCCCGAGGAAAUUGACUUCCUUUUGAACAGUUGUUCUAAGGACAUAGAACGCAUACUUGGUUAUAAAUUCAAGGACACGUCAUUUUUGUUAGAAGCGCUGUCACAUCCAUCGUACAUCCGCAACCGCCUGACGCGGUCGUACGAGCGACUAGAAUUUCUCGGCGACGCCAUUUUAGAUUUCCUGAUCACAUGUCACAUAUUCGAGAACUGUGAGAACUUGAAGCCGGGAGAACUGACUGAUUUGCGAUCGGCUUUGGUGAAUAACGUUACGUUUGCGUCGUACGUCGUCAAGCUAGGACUUCACAAAUACAUGUGCUCGCAACUCAAUCCGAAAUUGAACAACGCCAUUAUUGCCUUCGUGGAACACCAGGAGCAAAGAGAUCACGAGAUAUUGGAAGAUGUCCUAUACCUCAUUGACGAAGAAGACUGCCAAAUCGCUGAGUAUGUGGAGGUGCCGAAGGUCCUCAGCGACAUAUUCGAGUCGCUAGUGGGCGCCAUCUACCUGGACUGCGGCGGGCAGCUGCAGACGGUGUGGGCGGUGGUGUACCGCGUCAUGUGGCACGAGAUCGAGAUGUUCUCGCGCCGCAUCCCGCAGCAGCCGGUCAAGACGUUGUACGAGAGGAUUCACGCUUGUCCCGUGUUCCAGACGGCGAAAGUAGCAGACACGGCGGUGCCCCGCGUGAUGAUUCCGGUGACGAUCAGCAAAGAAGGCCGCCAGCUCACUGUGUACGGGUUCGGGGGAAACAAGUUCCAAGCCAAACGCGCCGCCGCCAAACUGGCGCUCAGAGUACUCAGUCUUUAAACUGACAACAACGGGCCCUACAGUCCGUCUAUACCAGCUGAUAGACUUGAAAUCGAAUUUACUUUUUUUUUUUAAUAUUAUGCUAGCUAUUUUAUACUAAGCACAUUUCUUAUUAUUAGGUUUAGUUAUUCAGUUAUUUAUGAUUUCCAUUGUAUUUUUCUAAAAAUGUAUAAUUAAAAAGACCGUCAUUAUAUAGGCCUAUAAAACACCAACAACCUCGUAAGACUGGACUGAAAAUCUGACAUGGAACUCGUUGGAAUUUUUUUGAUGAUGAAUGUGUGUGUGCGUAGUGCGACUUUGCUAUUUUUACAUCUCACCAUCGAAUCGAUUCGAAGUGAGACGCAGCACCAAUCACAGUGCGCCAUUGUGACGCGACGAUAACCAUACCUAUGUAAUUGAUUAGCUGCGUCUCACUGCGAAUAGUCUCGAUACUGAGAAAUGUAAACCCACAGUUCGCCCUCAUUCGUUCGCCAUACAUCGAGAAAAGGAAGUAACAGAUUCUGACGAGGGUUAAAUGUGAAUCGUACUCACUUUCGAGUACGUACAUAGUGCUUUAUACGACACCUGCCUACGCGAAAAAUAAAAAAAAUUAAAUAUCCCGAGCAGGUGUCGCAUAAAGAAUAUUGAACAUAAAAAAAAAUAAAAAUUAGUCCUGUUUUAUUUGCUUGUAAUCGAUGUUUUUGUCAUUCACUGUUCAGACUAGUUUUAAUAGCAUGCCUGGACAAACAAACUAUAUAGGUGGUACAUAAGAGAUUAUGUACCACCUAAACACAGUUAUUGCAAUAUAUAUUUUUGUGUUUAAGAUUUGAGUUCAAGCCGACGGAAAAGAAGCAUUUAUAUUUUUACGAUGAAAUUAUUUUAUUCAUAGUUUUCAUUAAUUUAGUAUUUUUUAUUACUUUCGCAUAUAAUCCUGUAAUAUGUAAGAUAUAGAUGGUUGAAAAUCCCGCCACAAAUAUAUGCAGUUGUAACAGGCAGACAGACAAAAAAUAUUUAUUUGGAUUUCUGUACCUUCAAAGCAGCAUAUUUAGGAAUUAUUUUUCAUAAAUUAAAAGACAAGAUAUUUUAUUUGCAAAAACAAUGCCGGCUAAUUGCUGUGCAAACAGUGUGAGCAGACAUAACAGACUAAAAAAAAAAACUAUAGCUCUCGAUAACGGUAGUGCUACACCUAUAGGUAAAGUUUGAUAAAUUUUCACGUCGCACAUGUAUAAACAGGAUGCUAUGCUAUGAAAAUGUGCAAAUUCAUUCACGCUAGGACUAAUGCGUCGUCCAAUUUCUUGUUUGUAACCGCAUGCAACGCGAUUGACUGAAGGUUUGCGCAAUAAUUAAUUUCCUUCAUUCUCUUUUUUUGCAAGAAUAUUCACAAAUUAUCUAGAUUAGCAUAAUUUACUUUUAAGAUAAUACCAUAUUUUAAUAUAUUAGAAUAAAAUGUUAUCAUCUUGAAAAUACAUACUCAUUAAAGAGGAUGUUGACUGAAGUGAAAAUUAAAUCUUAAGUACCCACAUA